ACACUAACGAUGACAAUAUAUAUAACUUAAACUCAAAAUUUAAUAAUAGAGUCCAAGAAUCAUCUUUAUAUAAUGACCACUUAGAAUUCAUUUCUUUUGCUAGCUAGCCACCGAAAAACUAUUAUUUUUUUUCAAAAAAUAAAUAAAAGCAUGAAGUACAAUGAGAUAUCUCAUUUUAGCCACCCUCAACACAAGCUAAGAUAUGAAUACUCAGAAUUUCCAUUCAAAUGUGAUGGUUGCAAAGAAGUAGGCAUAGGGUCUCGUUACAAAUGCACAAUUUGUGACUAUGAUUUACAUAUGCAUUGUGCAAUUCCUUCAGCUUCAAUUACACAUCCAUUUUACAAAAAGUGUUGUUUCCAAUUCCUCUCUCGUCCCCCGGGACACGUACCCCGCUACUGCAACGCUUGUGAGAAGGACAUAACUGGAUUUAUGUACCAUUGUAGGUCUUGUGGAUUUGAUCUUCAUCCAUGUUGUGCUAAGCUUCCUAUGCUGCUUGAUGAUGGAGAUGUAAAGCUUUACUUGUAUAGAAAGGUAAGUGCAACAUGCCACAGAUGUGGGAGGAAAGGGAGAAACAGAAGCUGGAGUUAUAGAUCUACAUGCAAGAAAUACAAUUUACAUGUGGCAUGUGUCAAAGAGAUGCUUGUGGAUAGUUGGCAUGAAAUCUACUUUGGUCAUGGAGAUAAUCACAACAAUAAUUAUAGAAAAUUGGAGAAUAGGAUCCCAAGUCUGAAAGGUACACUUCAAACUCAUCAUAAGAAAAGCAAAGGCAAAGCCCAAAAAUGUUGUGAGGUGGCUGGUUUAGCUCUGCAGUUUAUUAUAUCUGCAGUUCUUGGAGACCCUACAACUCUUAUUGCUGGGGUCGUUGCUUCAUUAAUGUCAAAAUAAUAAUGUAAAUUAUUUAAACCAUACUAAAUUGGGGCUUUAGUUUCUGGUCAAGAUUAAUGGAGAUCAACUUGAUUAUGGACCUAAUGAAGUUGGACUAAUAAUAGUUAUGAUGUGGAAAAAAAAUGGUGGAUGUACAACCACUAAUGUAGAAAUUUAGUGUAGGGGUGUUCAUGGUUCGGUUUGGAUCGGUUAUUGAUUAAAACCAUAACCAAACCAACUUAGUCGGUUUUUAAAUGUCUAAAACCAUAACCAAACCAAGUAAAAUAAUAACCACGGUUUGGUUAUUGUCGGUUUGGUUCGGUUUGGUUCGGUUUUUCGGUUUAUUGUCAGAAAGACAUGUUGAUGGCAAAUUAGGUCCACCAAACUUGCAACGUAGUUUAUAUUUACAAGAGCAAGUCAAAUAGGGGUUCCAAAAUACAAACAACUUUGUCCAUAAAUAAAAAAAUUACAUAUUUAAACUAAACUAACUAGAUAUUAGAGAAUCCAUAGACCAUAAUAUAAUCAAAAGUACAUCUUCCUUAGAUUAAGCUCCAAACUAAUCAAUGCUCAAAACAGUAGGGUUUUUACUUUCUAGGGCUAUUCACAUAGUUGGAAGUGAAAAUGUAAAAGGAAAAGAAAGAGUAGGGUUUUUACUUUCUAGGGCUAUUCACAUAGUUGGGCUUCAGAGUUGAGAGUUGAGAGAGUUGGGCUUGGAUUGGGCUUGGAUUGUUGGACAUAAUAAGUAUAUUAAAAUUAAAUUAAUAAUUAAAAGGUAUAAAAUAUUUUUAAUUAUUUAUGAAAAGCUAAUAUUAUACAUAUAAA